UAGCACAAAAACGGCAGGAAUAGGAAUCUUCUGGCCUUUAUUGUUUCUGAAAUUUUGAAUGCUAUGGAGGAGGUAAAGGUUGACGAAGACAAUUUCCAGACUCUGUAUUCUACGAGUUCUAAAAUAAUAUCAACAGAAGAAAGAGAACAACUAAAGAAACACGAUUUGCGUUUAGUAUCAGACGGAAAUGCCAAAAAAUUAGAAAAAGAUGCUAAAAAAUACUGGGAUUUAUUCUAUAAAAGAAAUGAUACAAAAUUUUUUAAGAAUCGUCAUUGGAUUACAAGAGAGUUUAGUGAAUUAAUUCAUUCUCACAAAAAGUUAAUUAUUUUGGAAGCAGGGUGUGGAGUGGGCAAUUUAAUGUAUCCUUUGGUAGAGGAAAACUUUGAUCAUUUUUAUUACGCAUGUGAUUUUUCAAAAAGAGCUAUUGACCAUGUUUUGAAUAAUCCAUUAUUUGAUCCAUUAAGGAUUAAUGCUUUUCAGUGCGAUAUUACUACAUCAGAAAUUUUUAAUACAAUAGAAAAAGAAAGCUUAGACAUUGUCAUAUUGGUGUUUGUGUUGUCAUCUAUUCAUCCUGAAAAUUUUAAGAAGGUAAUUUCAAUUUUUCAAUCCCUUUUAAAACCUGGAGGGCUUUUAUUUUUUAGAGAUUAUGGUCUUUACGAUAUGACACAGCUGCGAUUUAAACCAGGUCACAAAAUAGCAGAAAAUUUUUAUGCAAGACAAGAUGGAACUAGAAGUUAUUAUUUUUCGGAAGAUGAAGUUUCUCAGCUUUUCCAAAAACAUGGAUUUCAAGUAAUGGAUAGAAGGUAUGUGCAUAGGAGAACAAUAAAUAUUAAAGAAGGAAUCGAUGUCCCACGAAUUUUCAUACAAGGAAAAUUUAUGAAGAUAUAAAGAAAAAAUCAUUUCUUGAUUUAUAAAAAAACAAGUAAAUGCAAUCAAACUUAAAAAACAUAUGUAUGUACUAAUGUGUAUUAUUGAUACAUUAUAUUAAUACAUAUUUAAAUUGCUUUGAAUA